AUGACCACCACUAUGGCCUUGCCCAGCACAUCCUCUUUAGGGAUAGGACGACAGCCCCAGAGGCCAACCUCUAGUCGCAGUGGAGAGAAGCAGGCGAUAUGGAUUCCCAUGUUGCAGAGCAGCUCAAAAGGGAAGGGCUUGAUCGAGAAACAACUGAUCAUACUUGGGGGCUCCUCUGACCAACAGCGGGAGUUCCUAGAACAGCUCAAUCCUCAACAGAAUACUACAAGGUCACGGUUCAAUCAAGCAAGGCACCCGCGAACUGUCCCAAUAUCGAACAAAUAUGCAAUGGGCUAUACUUACCAUGAUGUGUUGGACACGGAUCAGGAGGAUGUGCUGGCUAGGAUGAAUCGCAUAUGCACCUCUCCUCAAACCAUUAUUGAAUCAAAAGAUGGCAAAACAUACACUGAUAAAUAUACUACUCGACUGGUCAGAACCUCGGAAGUGGGCAAGGCAGUUACGGCAAUGGUAAGCUUGGAUGACGAUACAAAAAUCGAGAUGGAGGAGAACAUGACUGCUUGGAAGGAAAAGAGGACGGGGCCCGACGCACAAAAGCUGAAUGAAGAUCAGAAGAACAGUGCUACAGCCGCAACGCCAUUAGGUUCUGGAGAGUGGGACGAAGGUCUGGGCUUUCCACUGAGUGUUGUUUGUAUACAAAGCGAGAAGAUCGAAAAACUUGAGAGAGAACAAGCCUGGGAAGAAGACCACUUUGAUUUCCUGCUGCAAUGGUUACGGACGGUCUUAUUGAAACAUGGAUCCAGUUUAUGCUAUGUCGCCAGCUUCGAUGCGAACGAUGUACGGACACUACUACAUUCCACCUUGAACAUACAAUCACUUCUGAAAAGAGAGGUAGCAAAACACAACGUGAUCGAUAGGGACAAGAUUCUGGUUCCGCCGAAUUGGGACAGCUGGGGUAAAAUUCGCAUAUUGCGAGACGCAUUCGAGCCUGAGACGAUCGCUGAGAGGUGGUCGAUUGAAAUACAAAGUCCUCCAGAUCUAGCGAUAGAUUUCGAAAAACCAGAAGAAGAAUCUGUGUCAGCAGUUGCACUCUACGAGAUCAACAUACCUAAGCAGCCACAGGGUCAAUCUCUGCGGGAGGAGCCCGCCAAGAUUACAGUCACAGUACCGUCCUUGCAAGAGUUCCUGCAGGAGCAAAAGGCUGAACUUGACCGUCUAGCCGCAAAAGACGACGAAGCUUCGAGCAAUAGCAAGGCAAAGACGAACGGCAAUGGUGCAAGAGAAACGGCUGAUUCUCAGAGGCCAAUGAUGAAUCGUACACAAUCUCGUGCCGAGUCGCACCACAUCAAUGUCAACGGGAUUGAUGUUGAUGCAGAAGAAGCAACCAGACGCUUACGUGAACGAGAGGAGGAACGAAAGACAACGAAGCGUGAUGGUACACCUAUUGGUGAAAAGAAGAUCAAGAUUACCGAUACCAGCACUGAAGAGUAUAAAAACUUCUUUGCAGGGUUGAUGAACAAGAAGAGCGCGAUCAGGGGCUCAAGUCCUGCCAGUGGCGUCGCUAGUCCAAGACGAGGCACUCCAACACCAGAAGGACGAACGACUUCUGACCAUUCCUAG